AACGUAUUGUCCAGAGGUAAAAGCAAGAGAUAAUAAAACCCUACCUGAGAUUUACACUCUUUCUAUCGAAGCAGCGGAGAAGAGUAGCGGUGUGGAGAUAAAACCCUAGCAAAUUCUCUUUCACUCUCUCUUCUCUUCUCGCUUUGUUCUCUCUUCUAUUUUCUUUCUUUUUUUCUUUUUAUUUUUUUAAACACUCUCUUAGAUCCUUCGCCGUCGAAUCGAUCAAUAGUCCAAGUUUUUACGGCUCUUGUUUGGCUUGAUUUCCGUGUCUGCUAAGUGGAAAUCUAAAAGGUGCUAGAUUUGAAGUUUUCAGAUUUUUUGAAGUUUUCAGAUUUACAGAAUGAUUGCCAUGGAAAGUGCUGUGCCUAAGCUUAAAUUGAAGAUCAAGUUCCCUUCUCAGAAAAUAGAAGCAAUUCCAGAACCCCAAUCUUAUGAGUGUGGCCAGCAACCGAGUAGUUCUUGUGAUGUAAAAAAGGGGGCAUCUGCUGGAAAUUCAAAGGAGAGUUCAAGUGCUCUAAAGCGUCAACCAGAAGUGGCUAGUAUGGGUGCCCCACUAGAGAAGAGGCGGAAGAUGGACCGUUGCAUGACUCAGCAUUGUUGUGCCCUACUGAAAGCACUGCUGAAACAUCCAGCUGCUUGGGUUUUCAGUCAACCAGUGGAUCCUAAGGCAUUGGGGAUUCCUGAUUACUUUUCUAUAAUAAAAAACCCCAUGGAUUUGGGUACAAUUAAGUCCAAGUUAGAAAAGAACAUUUAUAUUGGAACUGAUGAGUUUGUGGCGGAUAUUAGACUAACGUUUUCUAACGCCAUGCUGUAUAAUCCCCCAUCCAACGAUGUUCAUAAAAUGGCAAAAGAAAUGAAAGAUUUUUUCGAGGCUAGAUGGAAAUCUUUUGAGGGGAAAUGUAAUGAAGGAAAUUUUGAGGUUGGGCAAGGGAAAAUUAAGAGCAUGCGACUGAAAGAUGUGAAUAAAUCAAGGCAGAGUUAUCCUACAACACUACUCUCCAGAAAUAGUUCUCUACCCAAGAAGUCAAAGGCAUCUGAGGAGAAGGUUGCAAAGGUGCCUCUGAAUGCGAGAGAAGCUGAGGGUGAGCUUCCUAAACUGGCACACAACUGUGUGAGCAAAGUGGCGGGAAAAAGCUUACAAAAAGGCACUGAUUCUGGUAGUGGUGGAUCUUCUAAUGGGUCUACCAAUGCCAAGCCACCAGUGAGCCCAGGUGCCUCCAGAUGCAGUUCAUGUGGCAGCAUUAAUUGUCAAUGUAGUCUUCCAAGUGAUUCAUACCAUGCAUCUUCUAGUGAAAGAGCAUUUGGUGGAGACCUUAGAGUGUGUAGCGCUGAUGUUUCUAAAUUGGAUUCCCGGGCAAAAAGCACAUUGACUUCGCAAAUGAGCAAGUUUGAUCAAGACUCUAAUGGGGCUGCAAGUGCUUUGGAUGAUGAGAAUAUAUGUAACAGUUCUCAACUUACAACUCCAACAGAUGCUGCUCCUGGAGAAGGAUUUUCAGAUCCUAUUUUUGAUUUGCGGAUGUCACCAAAAAAGGCUCUCCGUGCUGCAAUGCUGAAAACUCGUUUUGCAGACACUAUUUUGAAAGCUCGGCAGAGGGCACUACUGGAUCAUUGCGAUAAAAUUGAUCCAGUGAAGAUGCAGCAAGAAAAGGAAAGAUUGGAAAAAAGACAGCGUGAAGAAAAGGCCAAAAUCGAAGCUCAAUUUGUAGCUGCUGAAGCAGCAGUAAAAAUGAAGGCAGAUGCUGAGCUGAAAAAGCACCGAGAAAGAGAAAGAGAAGCUGCUCGAAUUGAAUUGCAAAAGAUGGAGGAAACAGCUGAGAUUGAGCAGAACUUGGAGAUUUUGAAAGAACUUGAGAAGCUAAUCGGAUGCUCCCUUUUCAAUAAUCAAUUGCAUGAUCUUAAGACCGAAUCUGAAAAGUUGUGUGGAGCAUCAUAUGAAGGAAUUCGUGGGAAUCCACUGCAACAGUUGGGUUUGUUCAUCAAGGCCGAGUAUUCAGAAGACGAGGACGACGACACAAUUCUGAAUGAAGAUGGUGAAGAGGGGGAAAUACUGUCAUAAAAAUAGUAGUUUCGGUUACUGCAGCAGCAGCCCUCUGUGUUCCAUCUCCUUGUUAAUAAUAGUAAAAAAGGCAAAAGGAAAAAAGA